UGGGGUAACACUCUAAAUAGCAAAAUUUUCUUUAUACUCAAGGCUUGAUUCGGAAAUCUCUCAGAUUAAUGUGAAACAGUUCCACCAUUACACUCAGGAGGAUUUGGUAAUAGGUCAAAAAAUAAAGCCUGUUUGGCACUAGAACAAUCUUUUGCUCUUUUUUUUUUGGGUUUCCAGUGACUCCCAGAAUGUUCGAGAAACGAAAUAAGAUCCUCUAAAAUGGAGCUCUGUUCCAUAGCAAUGGAUAAUUGUAAUGAUCUGUCUUCAUCACCCUCAAUCAGGUGAGAUGUCAGAUUACGAAAACGUUGUUGCUGGGAAGUUAAGACUAAAGGGCAAAGCUCUAGAAGUGAAAUCUAACGGGAUAAAAACGAAAAAGAAGCACAAGCAUCAGUAUGAUCUCGUGACUCAAGUGACAGCAGGCGGAAACAACCCAUUGACAACAAACCAGCUCGAGGAUGAUCUAACUACCAAGAACGACGAUCAUCUAACACCAGCAGAGAGAAAAUACCUCGAGCAGUGGGAGAAAUUAAACAUCAAACGACUGGCAAAAGAAGCUAAGAAAUCCCAUCGCGAUAGAAUUCAAGAAUUUAAUCGAUACCUAGCUAAUCUUACUGAGCAUUAUGACAUUCCUAAAGUUGGUCCUGGUUAAAAUGAACCAGUCUUUGAGAACUCCAUUUUUUUUCCUGUCAUUUUCUGCAUGCUAUGGAUUGUUUUGAGUCUUGAAUUCAAAUCGAUUUGUACUGUAGAUGAAAACUGCUGCUUGUUUCUUAGACUCGAUGACUCAAAAACUAUAUGAAAAGUUCUACAAGUUGAUUCA